AGGUAACAUCUAUAUAUGUCGCUCCAACGCAUAACUCUCCCCAUUCCAAGACAAGACAUUUCUCCUCUACUAUAUUCAGCCCAUCUCCUCCCCUGUUCGGUGAAUUCUCCACGAACCUCCGAAGAAAUGCAGAAGAUUGGGGAGAUGGGCGGAGCUAAGUUCUAUCCACAAGAUGUCUCGAUAGAGCUCGGCCGGCAGCAUGCGCUAGAAAGGCUAGAAAGCUUUGACGACGAUGGCAGGAUGAAGAGAACUGGGAAUAUGUGGACGGCGAGUGCUCACAUAAUCACAGCGGUGAUAGGCUCCGGCGUGCUCUCAUUGGCUUGGGCUAUUGCCCAGCUCGGCUGGGUUGCUGGUCCUGUCGUCAUGGUUCUAUUCGCCUUCAUUAUAUACUACACAUCUUCUCUGCUUUCCGACUGCUACCGCACCGGUGAUCCCGUCUACGGCAAGCGUAAUUACACUUACACAGACGCCGUCACCUCCUACCUUGGUGGAGCGAAGGUUAAACUCUGUGGCUUCAUUCAGUAUGCAAAUCUAUUCGGUGUCGCCAUUGGUUACACCAUUGCUUCCUCCAUUAGCAUGACAGCCAUCCGGAGAUCCAAUUGUUUUCAUGAGAAAGGGCACAACAACCCCUGCCAUAUCUCAAGCACUCCUUACAUGAUCAUCUUCGGCGUCGUAGAGAUUAUUUUCUCACAAAUCCCUGAUUUCGACCAAAUUUGGUGGCUUUCCAUUGUCGCCGCCGUGAUGUCCUUCACCUAUUCCUCCAUCGGCCUCGCUCUCGGAAUUGUUCAAGUUGUCGCUAACGGUGGCAUCAGCGGAAGUCUCACCGGAAUCAGAAUCGGCGGCGCCGUCACAGAAACCAAAAAGGUCUGGCGCAGUCUGCAGGCUUUCGGCGACAUCGCAUUCGCUUACUCUUACUCCUUAAUCCUCAUCGAAAUCCAGGACACAAUCAAAUCCCCACCUCCCUCCGAAGCACGGGUGAUGAAAAAGGCGACACUUUUAAGCGUGGCGGUCACGACCUUCUUCUACAUCCUCUGCGGCUGCAUGGGCUACGCGGCCUUCGGGGACGAAGCCCCCGGAAACCUCCUCACCGGCUUCGGCUUCUACAAUCCCUUCUGGCUUCUCGACAUCGCUAACGCCGCCAUUGUUAUUCACCUUAUCGGCGCAUACCAAGUAUACUGCCAGCCUCUUUUCGCCUUCUUUGAGAAGUGGGCGAGCCAGACAUGGCCGGACAACAAGUUCGUCUCUAAAGAGAUCAGAAUUAAGCUCCCUGUCUCCUCUAAAUCAUAUACCAUCAAUCUUUUCCGCUUGGUGUGGCGCACGGUUUUUGUUGUCAUCACCACCACCAUCUCCAUGCUUCUCCCUUUCUUCAACGACAUUGUUGGCCUCCUUGGGGCUCUGGGCUUCUGGCCUCUAACGGUCUACUUUCCGAUAGAGAUGUAUAUAGUUCAGAAGAAGGUGGGUAAGUGGAGCUUGAAGUGGAUUUGUCUUCAGAUUCUGAGUAUUUCUUGCCUUGUGAUUUCUAUCGCCGCUGCUGUUGGCUCAAUCGCCGGCGUUGUGUCGGAUCUCAAGGUUUUCCGGCCGUUCCAGUCAAGUUAUUGAGGAUUUGAAACAUGGAAGUGAACCGUGCUGAUUUUACUAUGUAAUUGUUACUGUUCGUUGGAGCUUGUCUUGCCUAUGAUUGUAAUAUUUGGCAAUUUCAUAAAAGAAAAUAGAGUGCGCUUACAGAUUUA